UGUGGUGGUGGUCGUCGUCGUCGAGUCCUCAACCAAGGAAGGGAAGGGAAGGCACCCAAUCCCAUCCGAUCCCCCUCGAUGGCGGCUGUGGAUCUAUCCAAGCUGGUGAAGGAGAAGCGCUUCUGGGUGGCCUCCUUCCUCGUCGCAUGGGCAGCCGCGCUGCAGGGCCACAUGAUGUGGAUGCAGCGCCAGGAAACCUUCAAGCACAAGUUCGGCGCAGACGCCUCCGACGCCUCAUCCUCCUCGGAUUCCUCCUCCAACUAGCAAUUUUACCACCGGAUGCGCCAGAUUAGGGGACAUGUAGCAACUCUUGUCAGCCUGUCUGUGGAUUUGUUCAUACUUUGGGUCUGGGAAAUGAACCUCUGCUGCCUUCCCCUAUCUAGCAUUCUACUAGCCAUUGCCUAACAUGCAUUCUAGUACUGUAGUAGCUCUCACAACAGCUGCUGUUUUCUGAGUUAGUACAUGCACUGGGAAAAUCAAUUAUGACUUCCUACCUGCUAGUGCUGCUUAUGAUUCUCAAUUAUGAAUUGUUACUGUCAAGAACUUAAUGUUGAGGCAUGAGCAGUUACCUCAAGUUAGUUAUCUGCAUGGAUCUCGCAUUGUUGAGGGUCUGAGAAGAUAGGCUGUCGCUCCAUGUGUUAUUGGAGACACUGCAAGAAAAUGCAAUUCUUUUGUUUCGCUUGACUUGCAUA